AUGAUAACCGUGGAACAGAUAAAACAGGACCACACCCCAGACCUCCGCCGCGCUGCCUCAUAUCAUUACGGAGCGACGAUUGAGUCACCGGGAGGAAAUGAGCAGAACUUCCCAGAGCGUGGCCCUGGUCUGCCAAGCUCCCUGGAGCUACUAUUUGUGAUGGCUGCUAGUGUUGCUAAGAAGCGGAAGUACAUCGAUGGAUACAUUAACUACGGAUUUACAUCAAUCCUCGCUGAUGGCAUUGAGAAACCUCAUUGUGUGCUGUGCUUCAAAGUGCUGGAGAACGAUUCUAUGAGGCCUAUGAAACGGAGAAUAAAUGAAAUGUCAGAUGACAUAAAGGAAAAAGUGAUACAGGAGAUCAAAUUAUCUCCAACUGGUAUGUUUGCAAUACAGCUGGAUGAGUCAACGGACGUGAGUUCUUGUGCACAGCUACUCGUGUUUGUUAGGUAUGUUUUCUUGUGUGACAUCAAGGAGGAAUAUCUGUUCUGUACACAGCUUGAGACCACCACAACAGCUGUAGAUGUGAUGGAAAAGCUGUCUUCUUUCUUCACAGCUAACAGGAUCAGCAGGGGAAAUUGUUGUGGAGUCUGUACGGAUGGGGCUCCGGCGAUGCUGGGAUCAAAAUCGGGGUUCCAGAAGCGUGUCGAGGAAGUAGCUCCGAAUGCCAAGGGGAUCCAUUGUAUGAUCCAUCGUUUUGCACUGGCGUCGAAAACCCUCCCUGAUGAACUUCGCAAGAUCCUGGAGGCAGUGGUCAAAUGUACCAACUUUGUGAAAGCUGGAGAUCUGAACUCUCUCUUUUUCCAGAACCUUUGUAGAGACAUGGAUUCAGAGUAUGAAGCCCUCCUCUUUUACUCCAAAGUGCGCUGGCUUUCCAAGGGCAAUGUUGUGAAUCGAGUGUUUGAACUUCGGGGAGAGCUUAAGUUGUUCCUGGAGUGCAAGGGAAAGACGAUCUAUUAA